CUAUCUUUUGGACUCCCCCUCAAACAUCUCCUAGCCAUUCAUUCUGUAAACGACAGUUGUUUGUUGAACAAGGUAGUUGGACGUAUAGUCCUCUCCUCUCCUCUCCUUCAAUCACAGAGUUCCAACAGACGUUCCGUCAAUGCCGGAGCAUCUCAGAAGUAGCAUAUAUAACAGACUUUUCACUCUUCACGAAUCGCUAAAGCAAAUACCAUCAGCUUCGAAUUUUGAAUUAAUCAACCAAAAAAAAAAGUAGGGUAAAGCUCUGAUUCGAUCGACAUCAAAAUGCAAGAGAAACAAGUGAUGGUGGUGGGACUGGACGACAGUGCCCAUAGCUUCUACGCUCUGGAGUGGACUCUCGACCAUUUCUUCACUCCUCCUCAGAAUGGUUUAUUCAAGCUCAUCGUCGUUCAUGCUAAAACUGCUCCAUCUACUGUUAUAGCUACCCCUAUGGCUUUUGGAACUGCUGAUAUUAUACCACUUGUGGAUGCUGAUCUGAAGAGGGUUGCACAGCGAGUUGUUGACAAGGCUAAAGAAGUUUGUGAAAAAAAAUCGGUACCUGAUGUUGAAGUAGAGGUGAUGGAAGGUGAUGCCCGGAAUGUGAUGUGUGAGGCAGUAGAGAAAUUCCAUGCAUCUGUCUUGGUCCUGGGAAGCCAUGGUUAUGGAGCUUUCAAAAGGGCCGUUUUAGGCAGCGUAAGCGAUUACUGCUCUCACCAUGCUAACAGCACUGUAAUGAUCGUAAAGCAGCCCAAGACCACCGCCACCUCCCCAAAAUGAGCCAUUUUUAUCUGCUAUCUAGCUGCUACCAAAUAGGUGGCUGAUUGAAACAACUGCUUUGGCCUCUAUUUAUUAUCUCAAUUAUGUUUUGAUUCUAUGCGACUUUUAAUUAAUAUAUUGUUUGGUGUAGGAUGUUGCAUUCAUGAUUAAUC